GCUGAAGGCCUGCAGAGCGGUCGGUGUUGAGUCUGCUGGCACCAUGUAGUCCAGCUUAGAAUUUCUGCCAACGGAAGUAAGGCUACCAAUGCCCGUGACGAGUGGGUGGGCGGGUAAGGGAGUGACGUGCCGCAGUUUGGUGUGAAGAGGCCCGCCACGAGUUCUGGGAGUGACAAGAGGGUUCCCAGUAUGUAGAAAGGUAACACCCGUCCCUGUCCAGGUGACCCAACUGCGAACUGUUCCAGUGGCACCUCCAGCUGCUGCAGCAAGCCAGGAAGUCAUCGUCACCUCAUAAAAAACACAAUGGAGUAUCGCAUGCCUCUCAGAAAUUUUAAGAUCAUCUUACAGAAAAGAUGCAGAUUGUGGCAGCAGUGCGAGGGUUCAUGGCCCGGAGACCCAUCCUGGGGAACAUGGUGGUUUAUGGGACGCUGUACUCAGGAGCAGAGUUCAUGCAGCAAACAUUCAACAAUAAGAUUAUGGUGCCUGAAGGUUCAUCCCCCAAGCCCUAUGAAACUGAUACUCUGGCACGAUACGCCUUCAUGGGGACCUGUGUGUUCCCUCACGUCCUCUACCACGCAUAUAAGUUCUUGGAUUCCAAGUUUGUGGGGAAGAGCUUGAGCGUUGUCCUCCCAAAACUUGCUGCAGACGCCCUGAUUGUGACUCCCAUCAACUUGACCCUCUUUUAUGUUGGUAUGAGUGCAUUAGAGAGAAAAGAAGACCUUCUAGAAGAGUGGAGAAAGAAGAUCAUUCCUACCUUUGUGACGGCGAGUGUGUUCUGGGUUCCAGCGUCCCUCAUAAACUUCAGAUUCCUGCCACCCCAGGCUCGUGUUGUAUUUGUAGGGUCCUGCCAAAUUGUGUGGGUGUCUAUCUUGUGCUGGUUUAAACGACAAGAAUUUUAAACUUAGUAGGGGAUAUAUGGCAUUUACUGUACAUUUGUAAUUUUUCUCUUUUUAUUGAUCAUGGCAUUAGGAAUAUUUCUGGAGUUACCUUGGUCUUGAAAUGUUUGUUGUAGAGUAAAAUGAUGGCAGAAGUAUAGCAUGUAUGGCAUUAAGGAAAGGAAGUAACUUUUAGAGGCAGCAAGUGAGAUUCAUGAAGAGAUGCUUAGUGUCAGGUAGCAGUUUGAUUGGAAGUCAGGAAUGAUUAACAGAUUGACUUGCUGAGGUUGAGGAACAUCUUUAGGGAACUAAUGAAUGAGGCCAGUACAUAAAGAGUACAUAGGGUGCAUUGACGGAAAUUAAAUGUAGGAUGGCAUGUAUAUUUUGGAGUUACAUAACAUGAGAAGGACAAAGUGUGCUAACAUGAAGUUGGUUCACCAAAAAACUGGAAGAUGGUGCUAUAAAAGACAAAUGUAUGAUGUUAGUGAGGAGAGCUGAUGGGCCUAGACUGCAAGAUUAGUGUGAGGGAGUAGGUGACAGCUUGGGAACUAGAGAGAGAGAACUGAUGAACAAUAGGAAAGAGUACAAGGGAAGAGAUUUGUGUGAGUCAGAAUGUGGAAUAGGAAUGUAUUGAGAAAAUAUAUAAAUCAUUGGACUGAAGAAAAUAGGUGUAUAUAAGAGAGGUGGUCAAAGGAGGGAAUAGGAAUCUAGAGAGAGAAGGUUGAUGAGUGAUAGGAAGGAAUUUUUACUAGAGAGGAUAAUGACAUGGAAUAGCAAUGUGGGGAGUGAACUAGUGAAUGCUGGAUAUGGUGAAAUGUAGGAAGUUUAUAAGGCAGAAUCAGUGAUACUAAUGUAGCAUGCUGUUCGAAGAUAUGAGUGCAAAUGAUGUAAUUUUACAGUAUUAUGAAGUGGUGACUGGCAUAGUUUGCAUUUAGAUAUGAAAAGGCACAUAUACAUACAUUGGCAAUGCAUUAACAUUAAAGUAAUGCAGUAUUUCAAUAAUACAUUUUAUACUAUCUGGAAUUAAAGCUAUCAGUCAGAACAUGAGUGUCAAUUUAUAUGGAUGAUUUUCUUUACUCUCACCUGUUUUUGGUUAGUAAUCAAAAGAAAAUAAUGUAAUACUUUUGUAAUGAGUGCAUUGCCGAAGCAGACUAAUGUUUGAAAUUUGGAAAUUUGCAAAAGAAUAUCAUACUUUUGUGUUGAGUAUUCUACUUCCAUCACCUAAGUCAAAGGUUUCCUUGGUGUUACUUUACUGCUUCUCAAACACAUGAAAUCACUCGGGUAAUAAUAGUAACAGCACUUUUAAUUACCUAUGUAGUGCAAGUAUUCAAUCCUAAAAUUAAUCCAUUUAAGUGAUAGCAAUGUCAGUUUCCUGUACAAAACCAAUUGAAUGUGAACUAAAUGGAAUGUGUAGCUCCUUGCAAAGUGCAUGAAAAGAAUAGUUCUUUAGGAAAAAUGUGUUUUCAUAUCACUGUGUAAAUAGAAUGUGAUAUCGAAAUUUUGAAUAGUUUAAAUGCAAUCUGUUUUUUAUGCCUUUUUUAUAGCUUUUCAGAAUAAUUGUUUAACCUAGCCAAAAAAUAAAGGUUUACAAAUUUGUUAAAAAA